AUGAACCGGGAUAGGAGGCUUCACAUCCUACGAUGGAUUUUUCUUUACCACUCACUUACGGCCGACCAGCAGAGGGAGCUGCUCAACUCCAUCGGUGAACCGUGCUUUCCAGAUUAUACCAAUGACACUAAUUUUGUGUUAUCGAUUGAUCGACCGGCGUAUGUUCGGUUCUACAACAUCGCCUUGGCACUGCGUGAUCGAUUUUUAUGUCGAUUUGUGCGUCUAGCAUGGAAUAAAUUGGGUGUUGCGUUGAAAUUGAAACUGGUAAUUAGGGCGUCGGAUUUGUAUGACUCAGAUCCUGGUGUUACACGGAAACGAUUAGACGUACUUUGCGGGGCGGACAACUACCGCCCUACCACCGGAACAUAUGAGAAGUCGAUCCUGGUUCGUUACGGCAGCGUGAGCUCGUGUUACAUGGAGUUGUUAGAUCAUCGCAAUAUGUUAUUCAUAUCCUUAGGUAUGCGACCCCCUGAUGAUUGCGCUAAAGGUUUCAUAUGCCCAGACCGUCCAUCUUUAUUAAAUCCGUCGGCAAAUUUCGGUUUCCAAGAGCUGAUGACGCAACUCUUCGGUAGCAAUAAAGAUUUGGUUCUGCGUUGUGAUAUUUUGAACAAUCAUAAUGGAAAUGUUGGUGACCCCAUGUCAGUGGAUUUUCCUCGUGAAUUACAGAGUUCAGUGUCGACUCCAGAAGAGGCCAAGGAAACCACGGAUUGUGAGUGCCAUUGGAACAUGGAUAAAAUUCAGCAGGUACUACACAGUGAGUAUCCUCGUUCAGAUGUGAAUAAGAAGUUUUACAAUCAGUUCGACAACUUGGUGAUACGGGACACUGAAGUGGUCGUCGUCGGCGCCGGAAUUUCAGGACUUUCUGCUGCAAGUUACCUGAUGUCUUGUGGCGCUGAUGUGGUAGUAAUUGAAGGCCGUGAUCGCGUGGGAGGCCGUGCGUGUACCACUUAUUUUCCGGAGAAGAAACUGUCUGGCGAGACUAUUCCGGCGGUACACAUCGACCUCGGUGCAAAUUACCUGCACUGCUGCAAUCCACUUGAUUUCGAAGGCCGAAAACGCAAGUCUGAGCCUGUUAAAGAUGUGAGAUCUCGUAGGAGUAACUUUAAAUCUCUACUUGGCCUGUCCUUGCAUCUGCGUCCCAACGUGGCUGACGUUGCCGGAGGCGCGAAUUGGGAAAGCACUGUCUACUCUAGAUGGAGCGACUUGGAAGGGCAAGCCAUUGAUAUGGAUAGCAUCGUUAAAGCUAAUAUGAUAGCUGAAAAGAUCCGAGUACGCGCGGCUCGUAAGGUGUCUGUUAUGAAAAAGCAUAUGAAGAAUGUGGCAAGUAAUGGGAAGAUUUCGAAUAGGUCAAAGCACCUAUGGUAUGUCCGUGAAGGCUUAUACCGUGAGAUAUUCAAUCGUCCUCCUGAUACUACGGCUGUGAGCCAUCCAGAUGCAUAUGACUUUUCACUCAGUUCCUCUGCGUUAUCACUACCUCAGCCGGUGACUACUGGUUUGUUUGAGGAACGAUCUCCAGUCUUACCCACUAUGUUUCCCGUUCCAUGUGUAUCGCAGCAUGGUUAUUAUGGAAAUACGAGUCUGUGGGUACAGGGCCAAACAGUCAUGCCACACUGCAGAGGUUCGCUGGGUGUGGUAGGGUCGCAUCCAUACGUUUUCCCUCUUAAUCCUCAGGUGGCACGAUCGGAACCACCACGAAGCAAGACAAGCCCAUGUACGAAUGGUGGUGUAUAUGUGGAACAGUCCUACCGAUAUGGCAGUCCGCCUCCCGGUUGUGCGUUACCUUUGGAUAGACCUCUAAUCAUUAAUACGUUCGAUAAGACCAAGGAAUGGAAUGCGUACGAUGUUAUGGAUAAAUUGUUGAAGAAUACUCCGUUAGGUGUUGCGCGUUACAUUGAUGUGAAGUCGAAAUGUGACUCCAUGGCGUAUUUGUUUGAUCACGACGGUAACCGCAAGUCAUUAUGGGACAUAUACAUUGAAUCGAUUACUGAGAUUUUCCGCGAGAACGGUUUAUCGCCAAACAACCUUAGCGAGAAAGAGUGGAGCAUGAUAUUUGUAAUAUUGCAAUCACGUAUCGGUUACAACAGUGACUUACGGGAGACAUGCAUUUCAAUGUGCCGUUUGCCUAACGUGGAUGAAGAUUUUGAUGAAUCAUCUUUCUAUUUAUCUAAAGACAAUUUGAUAUUGAGUAAGGAGUUUGUGUUGGGGAAUUACGUGGAACAGACAACGGUGAAGAAGCGUCCUUUCGAAUCUAAGAACGAUAGUGACAAGUUGGUGAUUGAUGGUUGGGAUUGGUUACUAAAUACUAUUACUAAUGGUGUGGAGCAUGCUAUUUAUCUUAAUUCGUGUGUAUCUCAUAUAGACGUUAGUGUUGGUGACCACGAGUACCCUGUUAGCGUACAUGUUAGUUCUUCUAUUGAUUCGACUCGCCCUUCUAAAUUGAUACGAGCUAAGUAUGCGAUAGUGGCGGUACCAAACAGUAUGAUUUCUCCGUUUCCGACUAGGCGUGAACACCCAAAUCAGAUUGUUUUUACUCCGCCUUUCCACCCUCACAAGACUACUGCUCUACAGCGUUACAAGAUGGGUCAUCACAACAAGGUUAUUAUGCGUUUUCGGGAUGAGGAUAUCUUUUGGACAUCCGAUUCGCCACAGUUGAAUACACUGGACCCUCGUUUUCAGUUUUUGGAUUUGAAUAUGUAUGGCAAGCGUGGUUGCAUCUUGGCACACUCGUUCCCACCGUACAGUGUGACAUGGGAUACGCACAUGUCUGAUGCGGAGAUUGUUCGCCAAUGUCUCGAGGUUUUACGUAAUAGCUUCGGUAUUGACAUGGCAUCUAUGCCAUAUCCUAUAGAUGCUAUGGUUACCCGUUGGUAUCGUGACCCAUUUUCUAUGGGUUCAUAUUCAUAUCCUUCAUUGAACGCUGUUGACGACGAUAUCAUUCAUCUGAAGAGUCCACAUCCCGCUGAAUUCCCACGUGUGUUAUUUGCAGGGGAGUACCUAUCUAGUAGUUAUUAUCAAUGCGUCGAUGGCGCAUAUGACACUGGUAUGCGUGCGGCUGAGGAUGUGGCCCAUCUUGGUCUCAAUAAACCUUACCCAUUCCCUGUAACACCUGAUACCCCUUCUCUUGACGGUUUAUUUAACCCAGUGAUGAAGGAGAAGUAUUUGGGUCUUAGUGUUCCGCUUCCAUCAGCGGAUCUUUUUGGUUACUACUUGACCGAUGGAAGUGACGAUCGUAUCAGUGAUGAUGAGUUUGAUGUUGAAUCUCGAGGUCUACCUACGUGUUAUUCUGAGGAAUUGUCGCUUUUGGAGAAUGUUCAAAAGUUGGUGGAUUUGGACACUGUGUCCGUGGAUAAAUACUGUGAAGACCUCAGAGCAGUACAAUCCGGUUUGGAAGCACUGCAUGUUCGAAAGCACUGGAAUCUAGCAUUGAAAUCUGCUUUAAAUAUUGUGAAAUCAGUUCUCUGUAUAUUUACUGAGAGCAGUGUAGAAGCAUCUAAAACGAUGCAUAAUAUGAGAUCACCUAGCACGGCAGAUGCAAUUCUCAAGGCGUUUGUAAGCUAUGAGGGUAUAAAUCACGAGCAUCUAUGUCACCUUUGCCUUGCUGGUGGUGAAGUUGUUAUUUGUGACUCAUCGUCCUGUACUAAGGUAUGGCACGCAGACUGCGUGCCUUCCAGCUGUGACCAGCCUGUCACUGACUCUACAUUGUCAUGGUUAUGUCCAUGUUGUCGCGGUAUUGAUAUUCCGCGUGGUCAGUAUAGGGUUGCUAUGCCUGUGACGCAAUAUUGGUUGCGCCGUGGCAUCUGGUGGUGUGUGAAAACGCUAAUGAUCCAAUGCCGUAACGUUUAUGAGCGCAUAAUAUAUUUGCGUCGGCGUAUGUUUGGAUUACAGGAAGGCACUGUCUACAACUCCCACGGAGGUCAAAACGUGAGUGACGAGGUGUUGAAUAUCCCAUCUAGCCUUCCGAGUCUUGACGACGUGUACACCUACUUCAGUCUCUUUCUUAACUCAUAUUCUGCUGAUUCCCUACAGCAAGGUAAAUUGAAACGUCUUCUGCUUGAGAAUAUUAAAAAUAACAAAUACUUGCUUGAGGUGAAGCUGGAUGAUUUGUUCCAAUUUCAAAAUAUAGUUGAGAACAACCCUAACCGUGAAGAUGAUUCGAUAGCGCACCGUUUGAAGAAUCUUCAAAUGAAUCGUCCAGACGGGGCGAAGUUUGCGGCUGACAGUGGACGUGCACCUCCACCUACUUAUGCGGGUGAUCUUGUUCGGGUGUUAACUGAGAGGCCGCUCAUAUAUUUAUCGACCAUAGAGCGUGCGUGUUAUGAUGUAUGCAAGCUUCAUCACAAAUUUGAAGAAGAGGAUGACUCUUUUCACUUCAUCCAGAUCAACUUGCUCAACACAUUUUGUAGGCCAACUCCCAUAAGGGCCUUGUUAGCAGCUAAACAAGAGCGUUUUGUUGUGGUCCCUGGUAUAAUAGUCCAGGCAUACCGACCUCAACAUAAGAUGAAGACAAUGACAAUUCAAUGUCGUUUCUGCGACCACAAGAUGAAACUUGACGUACCUUUAUGGAUCUCAAAACCACAGAUCCCUCGUUCUUGCCGUUAUGCAGCCACCUUGAGGGCUACAGGCGGUGAAAACGCUAAUGUAGACAACCAACUAGGUUGCUUUAAGGCGCAGAACCCUUACGUAGUGUUGCCUAACGAAUGCCAGUUCGUAGAUGUACAAACGUUGAAAUUACAAGAGUUGGCCGAAGAUGUGCCAACUGGUGAUAUGCCUCGCCAUUUGCAGCUGAAUGUUACGCGUUAUCUGUGUGACAAGAUGAUCCCUGGUGACCGUGUGAUGGUCCACGGUGUUCUGACUAACCACAAUGUCAGCGCGGGUGGUACUGAGGCCAAUGUGAUUGGAAAUUCUUAUCUGCAUGUUUUAGGUAUCGAGAAAUUGACCCAGGGUAAGGGUGAAUCCGUUUCGUUUGACCUUGAGGAAACAAACGACUUGGUUUUGCUGGCUACUCAACCGGAUAUCCACGAUAAGAUAUUCCGUUCAAUUGCGCCCGCUUUAUAUGGUAUGGAAAAUGUGAAGAAAGCUGUUGCUUGUGCGUUAUUCGGUGGUAGUCGUAAGGAGGUUGGUAGCGAGAGUCGUGUCCGUGGUGACAUUAACAUCCUGAUGCUUGGUGACCCAUCAGUUGCGAAAUCUCAGAUUUUAAAAUUUGUUGAUCACGUCGCACCAAUUUCAGUUUAUACUUCAGGAAAAGGAAGUAGUGCCGCUGGUCUUACAGCUGCCGUUGUACGUGAUCGUAUGGGUGUGUUUUCCCUUGAGGGUGGUGCUAUGGUUCUUGCCGAUGGCGGUGUGGUUUGUAUUGACGAGUUUGACAAGAUGGGUGAGGAUGAUGUGGUCGCUAUUCAUGAGGCUAUGGAGCAACAGACGAUAUCUAUUUCAAAGGCAGGUAUUACUACGAUGCUUAAUACUCGGUGCGCGGUGAUUGCUGCUGCUAAUCCUACUUUCGGUUCAUACUCUGAUGACAGGGAGACAUCAGAGCAGCACGAAUUUAAGACAACCAUUUUGUCACGUUUUGAUCUUAUAUUUUUGCUCCGUGAUAAGGAGAAUGUGCGUCGUGAUACCACUUUGUGUAAGCAUAUUUUAUCGCUGCACGCUAAUCAGACCCAGGCUGAAAACUGUCCUAUAUCGAUGCAGAAGCUACGUCGUUUGAUUCAAUAUGCUAAGCAAGCGGUAUCUCCUAUGUUGAGCAGUGAUGCGAAGGACACGCUUCGUAACUUUUAUGUGCAGAAGCGCAGAGAGUACCGUGAGGACAAACGUAACGCUACCAAGAAGAUUCCCAUAACUUUACGUCAGCUGGAGUCUUUGGUACGCAUAGCGGAGAGUUUUGCUCGUAUGGAGUUGUCCCCUGUUUCAACGGACAAACACGUUCAGAUGGCUAUUGAGUUAUUCAUGGUUGCCACUGGUGAGACUAUGAAACAGACCAUAGCUGUAGAGGUUAUGGGUCCUCAUGAGCAAUUGAUGGUGAAGCAAGUUGAGGACUACAUAUUGCACCGCCUACCGACCGGUCACAGGUUAUCUCGUCGAUUCUUGAUUCGCGACAUGGAGAACCGUGGUUUUGCGAUUCCACACAUUUCAAAGGCAUUAGCUAUUUUGAUUAAACGUGGUACAAUACAAGAGCGCGGUGACCUAUCACUACGACGUGUGGCUGCCUGA